AUGUCUAAUCUAAAUCCAGCAGCUUACGCUAAUGGCGUGAACCUCACUAAUGGAAUAGUAGGUGUUCCCAACCCCGCCAGAGGUUUAACGCAGAUGCACCUGGCUAUGGGUCAAGUACAAGUACCGCCAGCAUACAUGAACCUCGGAUUUCCCACAAUGGUUCAAAACAUGACAAAUAUAAAUAAUUCUAGAUUACCGCCACAGGUGCAACUGGCUUUAGCACAGAAUCAAUCACCCCCCAUAUCUAGGCCAAUGAUGCAAGGAUAUUUCAUACUGCAACUUCAGUUUCUCAGCGAACACCUAAUGUCUGAGAAAACUGCCGACAAAAAAAAUAUAACGUAUUGGAAUCGUAUUAUAGAAGAAUUCUUUUCGGAGGAUGGAAAAAUGAAAUAUGAACUGUGGAAUCAAACCAAUAACCAAAAGAGAACAUUUGACAUACCGUGUCCUAUCAUUCCAAGAUUUUUCCACGUAAACUUUGAAUCCGGUGUUAUAUCAAUACAGCUAACGAUCGGCAAUCUCAGAGAAAAUAUAGUGAUGGUUCAGAUGCAACCCCAGCCUCAGACAGCCGCAAUAGUAGAGGGAAAAACUUCGAUCAUAUAUAAAUACGAAGACGGAUCAAUGGUUGUAGCCACGGGAAAGCUCAAAGUGAGAUUUAAUAUGGCUCGCAAAAUAGAGUCCUUUGAAUUUUCGACCGAUAAACACACAGAAUAUGUACCACGUCACAGUCAUAUACCGAACGAGAGUCCGAUUGGUGAAUAUGGCAUACCAGUGAAAACAUUAAGAAGUCUCGAAGUUGCUGAAGGAGUGGUAUCACUAAACGAGUUAAUAUCUCUUGCCAUAUCUUCGAACAAGGGACCUCUCGAAGUGCUGGCUGCAGUGGCAAAUCAAGACCAACAAACACAGACGAUGAUAAAUCAAUCAAAUCACAAUACUCCUCCUACACCCGGUCCGUCACCACCAGAGCCGCCGGCAAAAACACCUAAGGAAAAAACGGAAAAUAUAGCGUCCGAUAACACGCAAACAUCUACUUCCAAUGACUUUACUGAUUCCUCGCCCUCAACAUCAAAUGCUAAUUUGAAAUUAGAAUCUACCACGAAGUCAGCAUCUGAAUCCCCAAGUCUAACUAAUAAGAGACCAAUCGCGCCAAAUGAACCUCCGAAGAUAAAACGAACGCGAACGAAACCUUCCCCGAGAAAGAAUAGUCGGACGGAAACCGGCUGA